GUUUGUUCUCUUUGGCCCUCUUGUUCGUCCUUUCUCGUCAGAUAGCAACGGAAACGAUCUUUCAAAACGGUCGAAUGUUAACAACCUAAUUGCAAAUACCACGGCACUCUCUUGGUCGCAUACGAAUAUUAACGCUUUCAACGAUAAAAGAAAGCGCCGCGAAUCUUUUGAUAUCCUUUGAAAGAAAGAAAGAAACCAUUACAAAGCUUCGACGCUUUCCGGCGCAUUAUUAUUGGGCGUCGGUCGCAAACCAGCACUUUGCUUUUUUGUCUGGAAAAUAAACAAAUAACGCUCAAUUGUUGCCUACGACAUUCAAUUUUCACGAUACCACCAACGUCUCGAGAACAUUCAAAUUUAUAUUGUGAGAUCACAAUACAGUAAAAAAUGCUAUUGCCGUCCGCGUUCGCCUGUGGCGAUUCAUCCCAAGCACUUUCCCAACCGUCUCGAAAUCACAACCUUCUAUUCGCAUCACCACCUCUUUCUCCUUCUCCUUCACUAUCUCCCACACCUACUAUCAGCAAUCUAUUUCAAUCAUGUCGCGCUCUGCAAUCUAUGCUCACAACCCCGACACAAUUGCCUUCACCACCCACACUGCAUGCAGAAAUUCCUUCUUCGCCUCCUCCUGGGACUUCCCAUCCGAGACUUAGAUUGCGCAUACCAUCUACUGCAAAGAGAGUGGUGCCAGAAACUGGCGAUAGGAAACGCAUUUCAAAACGAACGCCGAGAGAAGUCUCUAGAGGAAUCAACAAGAGGAGGAGGGAGACAGAUGAUGAUAUGAUUUACGAGAGGAUGGAUGGCGUCUCGGAACAAGAGCACGAGAAUUCAACACUACGUGCUCCCAGCACACCGAAACGUAGGCGGAGAAUUGCGCCGGAAGUUUUACCGCUAGGGCUAGAGAGAAGCGAUUUCCACACGCUACGCUUAGCCGAAAUGGAGAACCCUGAGCACGAGGGCGCGUUUGUCUUUAGUGCUGGGGGUGAUUCACGGCAUCUUGAGAGUGAAGCACGAAGAAGUGGGGAGGAGGAAAAAGAUGCCGAGAAUUGGUCAAGGGAGGAAGAUAGAAUGUUAGUGGAGUUGGUGUUGGAAAAGCUGAAGCUGAGUAAAAGCGAUUGGCAAGAUUGCGCGAGGAGUUUAGGGAAGGAUAGAGGGAAUGUGGGGAAGAGGUGGAAGAGUCUAAUGGGUGCUGGGGAAGUGGGUUUGAAGGGAAGGAGAAAGACGAGGACAAAGUUGCAUUCGACUUGGAGUUAGUCUUCUUCUGGCCGUGAAUAUUUAGACGUUGGAAAGGGUCUAGUGAUUUAAAUACUUGCAGUGUGCAUUCGAACUGAUGGGAGAACAUAAUUCAUUUCAUAAUACAGGUGUAUUAGGAUUGCGGAAGGAUAUUAGCGAAUUGGAGUCACAUGUAUAUCUACAAGCUCUCGAUGCUUUGAUCGGAAAGGGCGGAGGUACCUUGAAAUGGCGUUCAGCCACAGUAUUAGGCUUGGAAUGGGCGGAAUUGCAUCGGAGUUAUGGUUAAUUGGUCUAUUGGUUGUUAGCUAUUGUGCAUGGCAUUUUGUAUAAUGUGUAUCAUCUCCUUGAGAGUUUUGAACAUGGCAAGAUCUACGUUGGAUCAUAAUUAGAAUGUGAGAUUUUAUACUCUAUCUUCAAUGCCCUUUUCAUGUCUGGCGAGUUGAGAUGAGAUGUGAUGAGAUGAUAUGAGAUUUCGCAAUGUUCGAAAUUCA